AUGGCGUCCGGCACCUCCACCGCGGGCACGGGCUUAGUCCCCAGGGCCAUAGGCGUGGCAGUCUGCUCGGAGCUAGAGGUCCACCUCGGUAUCGCUGACCGCGUCCUCGCCGAGUUCGUUGUCAACCUCGAUCGCGCCUCCGCCUCCGCCGCCUCCUUCGCCGCCGCGCUUAGGGACCAGGGCGUCGAGCUGCCGGACUACCUAGUCCGCUCCCUCCAUGCCGUCAUCACCGCCAUCCCCGUCAUCAACGGCGGCGCUGAGUGA